AUGCGUGUAAGAACGCCAUGGAUCGAAGCUUUGGAAAAGCAGAGAAAGAAGGGGUUUGAUCCGACCAAGCCGUCAAGCACACCCGCGACUCCACCAGACCGCGAUCUCACGCCCAAGAAGAUGUCAGAUAGCUUCCAUCGAGUCGUUAUACCACUAGCCCAAGAUCCAUGGCUACUAGACAAUUACCUCAAUUCGAACGGCCAUAUCAGACUCGGAACAAUCUUCAUGGAUCUCGAUGCCCUCUCUGGAGUCAUUGCAUACAAGCACACAGGAGAAUCCGUCACAACCGUCACAGCUGCUGUUGAUAGAAUCACGAUUAAUCAUCCCUUGAAGGAGCUAUGCGAUCUUGAACUGUCCGGUCAGGUCACCUAUGCAACAGGGAGGAGUAGCAUGGAAAUAUCUCUACAAGUGGCCAAAGCCCCAGAAAAAGGUGCUAAAGUCCAUAAAGAAGAUGUCCUGAUGACGUGUGCCUUCACUAUGGUGUCAUUAGAUCCGUCUACUAAGAAGCCGGUUGCAAUAAGUCCUAUUAAACUAGAGACAGAAGAAGAGAAGCGGCUAUUUGAGUUGGGCCAGAAGAAUUCGACUGGAAAGAAAGCCCUCGCCAAGAGGACUUUGCGUAAACAGGCGCCCAACGAGGAAGAGAGUGAGUUAAUUCAUGCGAUGUGGCUCAAGCAGCUAGAAUAUCAUGACCCCAACAUCUCAACCCGAAAACCCGAGAACGUAAUCUACAUGGACAAAACCCGCCAGCAAUCAUCGCAGAUCAUGCAGCCUCAAUACCGUAACCGGCACAAUUUCAUGAUCUUCGGAGGUUUCCUGCUCAAACAGACUUUCGAGCUCGCUUUCUGCUGUGCGGCUGCAUGUUCUCAUUCGCGGCCGACCUUUGUCAGCUUAGAUCCCAGCACUUUUGAGAACCCAGUGCCGGUUGGUAGCGUGCUGUACUUGACGGCGAUCGUAGCAUAUACAGAUCCGCCGCUUGUGACGACAAAUGUUGCAGGCGAUGGCGUUGAAGAUACGGCAGAGGGUCCCGGAGAGAGAUAUACAAGAGUGCAAAUUCGCAUAGACAGCAAGGUAAGGAAUGUGGAGCACGGAGAAACGAAGCCGACGGGCCAAUUCAACUACACGUUCUUGGUAGAGAGAAACAUCCGUGUUAUGCCUUCAACGUAUUCGGAAUUUAUGAUUUGGGUUGAUGCGCGGAGAAGAGCAGAGAGUGUAAAGGCUAGCAUUGAGGGGCUAGAGCCUGGAAGGUUAAGAAAUGGGACGGAUGAUGGGAGGAGUUUGAGGGUUACUGAGUAA